AUGGUAGAACCAGUGGUUAGGGUCCACGUAUCAGCUGAAGGUCGAGCUUAUCGUACCAGUGUGCUCCUAUCAACUGCUUUGGUCUCAAUACAAGAUUCUAACGGACAGGUCCGGACGGUGCGUGCACUGCUAGACAGCGCUAGUCAGAGCAGUUUUAUAACCGAACAUUGCUUCAAGAGUCUAGGUUUAUCGCGACACAAAAGUAAUGUGACUAUACAAGCGCUUGCAGGUACGCCAGUACCAACAGUAAAAGGGUAUGCACAAGUAUUAGUCAGACCAAACGAGCAAACAACACCAACACUUACCGUGGAGGUACUCAUUUUACCACGUAUAACCGGGCUAACACCAGCAGCUCGAAUAUGGAAGGACAAUUGGCCUCACAUAGCAGAUAUAACGCUCGCGGAUCCUGCGUAUCACGAGCCCCGUCCAAUCGAUAUACUUUUCGGAGCUGAUGUUUUUCCGUAUCUCCUAUGUGGUGAUAAGCGAGAAGGUGGUUUGAAUGAACCCGUUGCGUUGUCCACUAUAUUUGGAUGGAUCUUGAUGGGGCGUGUCACGGGUACCGAAGAGAGAAUUACGACGGCACUUUACACGACCUUAGAAUCCAUAGAUCAAUCUGUGCAAAGAUUCUGGGAGUUGGAAGACGUACCUACAGCCGAACGGAAAACACCAGCCGAUGUGAAAUGUGAGGAAAUAUAUACCAGCACGACAUCAAGACAAGGAAAUGGUAGAUACAUUGUUCAUCUGCCAUUUAUAACCAACCCACCGAAAUUAGGAGAGUCAAAGUCCACGGCUCUUAAGCGACUACAUCGGCUUGAAACCAGAUUAGGAAAAUCAGAUGAGCUUCGUAAGCAAUAUAAUGCAGCAAUGCAGGAUUACUUAGACAGCGAUCACAUGACAGAAGUACCACCAGCACAGCGUAUAGUAGAACCAGUCUACUAUACUCCGCAUCAAGCAGUGAUAAAGCUAGAGAGUACCACCACAAAAUUACGAGUGGUGUACGAUGCUUCUGCUAUAACGACCACUGGAAUGUCGCUGAAUGAUAAUCUAUACCCGGGACCAAAAUUACAGCAAGAUUUACCGGGAAUAAUUUUACGUUUUCGUUUGCAUCCUAUAGUCUUUACUGCGGAUGUCAAACAGAUGUUCCGGCAGAUUAAAGUGACACCAGAACAUCAGCGAUACCAACGGUUGCUCUACCGGUUUUCAUUAGAAGAACCAGUAAGUGAAUUUGAAAUGACAACAGUGGCUUUCGGGCAGCGUUCAUCUCCCUUUCUCGCAAUUAGGACCCUACAUCAAUUAGUAGAGGAUGAAGCUGAACAGUAUCCUGAAGUGAGACAAGUGGUGCGGCAAGACAU